AAUUUUUUUUGAACAUUCGUUGAUUCAUUCAGUUUCAGUAAAUAACUUCUUUUUUUUUGGUUGGUUCAAAGUGACAAGCCGAAAUGGAAUUUAACAUUGUCGAAUAACAACGUUCAAUUCAUAUUCGAUUCGAAAAACUUCAUAACAACGUUUGUAAAAUAGCCAACAAUGAUAUAAUAAUGAUGAGAAAAUUGCAACCACCACCACCACCACCACCACUGCAACCGUCCACAAUGGCUACAACAACAUCAGCACCACAAAAUACGAAUAAUCAGCAAAAUAUUUUCGAGAAUUUAAUAUUUGAAAAAUUCUGUUCCUGUUUAGAGCUAUGGAAAGGCUGUAUACUGGCUGGAAUAUUUACAAUGAGCACAAGCGUUUUUGAUUUACUUUGGAGCAUAGCUCAUAUGAUUGAUGAGGAUACGGUCAUAUUUUUCUAUCUAUUAUUUUGCCUGGGCAUUGAAAGUGUCAUUUUUAUUGCUGCCAUUGGAAUUUUAUUUAUAGCACUGAUCAAGAGAUCUAGAUGUCUACUAUUACCAUGGUUAAUCAUGGCAUUUGUUGAUGUAUUUUUCAGCUUAUUGAUUGCAUUCGCCGAAUUAGCCAUACCGAGUAAUUUUAAUAUAAGUGGAUGUACCGUUCCGGCCAUUUCAAUGGUGGUCACAUUACUUGUUUGUUUUAUAACGAUCUAUUGUUGGCUAUGUGUAUAUGGACAAUAUCUUCAUUAUUCUAAAAACACUGUUAAUACAUCCGAAAUUAAAGUUAGCCCUAUUGAUGAUUUUGGUCGGCCAAGUAGUUCGCGUGCUGCACGACCAUCAUCUCAACAACAACAACAACAACUUAUGGGAGAUGAUUUAAAUCCUGAAACAACGAACGAUAUACAGGCACAACAAUAUCUUCAAGAAAAUAUUCUCAAUGUCAACAAUAUUCAACAAACGGAUACAUUAAAAGUACCACAAAUUUCUACACCCAGAGAUGCUUGGUAAAGCAAUUUGAAGUUUUUCUAACACAUUAAAUUUUUGUAAUGCACUUUUUCCCAGAAAUUCUUAUGACAUUAUAAAAUAACACAAAAUAAUAUUAACCACUAAAUCUUAUACAAUUCUAAUUGAUUUGUUUAAAAAAAAACAUUUAUUCAAAAUUCUUUAAAUUUGAUUCUUAUUCCAAAGAUGGCGAUACAAGCUGAAUUCAUUCAUUGAAACAAUCAUCGUUUUCGUUUGUGAUUCAUUGAAAUGCCUUUGAUACAGGCUUUGUCUCAACAUUCCAAAACAACAGGCAGCCCAGCCCAGGCUUAUAUAUAUUGUUUUAUGCUUCUACCAUAAAUGUAUCAAAAUUAAAUUUCACCACUACCAUCAUCAAAA